UUCAGUUCAAAAUUUAAAUAAUAUGGGUAAAUUCUCGGUAACUGCCAACUAAAAUUUAAAAUCAGCUGCAAUUGUUCGUAUCUUUUUGAUAAUUGUGGAUCUUAUAGUGAGCUUUAAGCUUGCCCUUUAAGAACCUUAAAGAUAUCCGCACAUUGGUAUUUUUUAGUACAUUCUCUUUACCAGCUGUUUCGGUGGAUAUUUCACUAUAGUUCAUGCUAUAGUUAACUGAGUUUUGUGAAAGCGCACAGAAGCAAACUCCCAAUAUGGUGGCCAUCCAAUUGUUCAACGAAAUCGGCAGUAUUUUCCGAAACACCCCCACGUUUGCCCUCGUUUUGGAGACCCUACUGGUCAUAACCGUAAUUUGGCUGCUGCUCCACAGGCGAGGAGGAGGUCGUCGUCGCCAGCUGACCAAGGAGGAGGAAGACCGCAUAAUCGCCGACUAUGAACCAGAGCCCUUGGUGGCGGACACCGAUCCCAACCAUCCGCUGCUGCACACACGUGUUGUGCAGUCCAAGGUGGGCAAGCGAAUAAAGGUCGAUGGCCACGACUGCCUAAACCUGGGCUCGCACAACUACCUUGGCUUCCUCGAGGACCAGGAGAUACUGGAGGAGGCGUGCACGUCGCUGCGCAAGUACGGAGUAGGAUCCUGCGGACCUCGUGGCUUCUACGGCACUAUGGACGUGCAUCUGGACCUGGAGGAUCGUAUUGCCAAGUUCAUGGGCCUGGAGGAGGCUAUUGUGUAUUCGUACGGCUUCUCGACCGUGGCCAGUGCGAUUCCCGCAUAUGCCAAGCGUGGCGACCUUAUCUUUGUGGAUGAGGCUGUUAACUUUGCCAUCCAGAAGGGCCUGGAUGCCUCGCGCAGCACAAUCGUUUUCUUUAAGCACAAUGACGUUCAGGAUCUGGAACGUCUGCUGGUUGAACAAGAAAAGCGAGACCAGAAGAAUCCGAAAAAGGCGGCCAAGACACGGCGCUUCCUCGUCGCCGAGGGUAUCUAUAUGAACACAGGCGAAAUCUGUCCACUUCCCGAGCUGGUGGCCUUGCGUCAGAAGUACAAGCUGCGUUUGUUCAUCGACGAAAGCAUCUCCUUUGGUACACUGGGCCAGGGUGGUCACGGAGUUACGGAGCACUUUAAUGUCGAUCGUGAUGAAGUCGAUCUGAUAUCCGCCGGAAUGGAGGGAUCGAUGGCAACAGUCGGUGGCUUCUGCGUUGGCUCGCACUUCAUAGCCGAGCACCAGCGCCUCUCUGGCUUGGGCUACAUCUUCUCGGCCUCCCUGCCGCCCAUGCUCACCCAGGCGGCUAUCUCAGCAUUGGAUCGAUUCGAGCGAGAACCACAAAUCUUCGAGCAGUUGCAGGCCAAGUCUAAGGUGUUGCACCAGAAGUUUUUGAGAUUCAGCAAGCUGACCCUGCGCGGCGAUGAGUUGUCGCCAGUGAAGCACUUGUACUUGGCCCAACCCGCCGAGAAUUUUGAUAAGGAACUGAAACUUCUAACAGAGCUGGCUGAUAAGUGCAUUUCUCGAGGAGUGGCUGUGGUACAGGCUGCCUACCUGCAGAACAGGGAACGCCAACCAGUCCGUCCCAGCAUUCGCAUUGCCGUCAACCGUUUGCUGGAGAGUGCGGAAAUAGACAGUGCAUUCGAGGUCAUCGAGAGUGUGUCCAGCUCCGUCCUAUAAGCCUCCUUGUUGGAAGCGAAUGAUGUUCUUUCGACAAUGGCCUUACUGUUAAGUUUAAAGGCCUGCAGGCCCCAUCAUUUUUCCAUCACUUCUUCACGACCAGUCCAGUAUGAAUUGUAUAAGCUAAUAACUAGCCCUGCACUUGCUCCAUAGCUCUUUGUUGCAUUGCAUUCUAACAAAAACUGUAGGUCUAGGAAAAUUUUCAAAGAUUACACGUUAUAGAUAACAGAGCUGGUUAAAUAAAACUAUUAAGUUUAUGUGGUAGUUG